UGUCCAACGUUUAAAGGGUAAAUGUUAAUUUCAGCAAAGCAGCCAAAGUCGCACCUGUUACACCCUCGGCAUUUCGACACUUUCAAAGCUGCCCAACGGCCAUAACUUAGUUUUCAUCGAAGCCCAUCGAAGACCCUCUCUUCCCAUAUACACACACACACUCUUUUAUAGCCCUAAAAUUCCUUUCAUUCCCUUGUCAAGCCUCCAUCUUUCCUCACAGACUCUUCAUUAUUCUCAAGUGAAUUUCUCGAAAUGGCUGCAAAUGCAACUCCUGGCCUGCAAAUUACAGCAGUCAAACAAUGCACUUCUGCUUCUCGACGUUUUUCAAAGUUGAGCAAUGUGAAUUUUGGUUUUGAAAGUAAAAGCAGAUCCUGUACUGAGCUUAAAAGUUCAUCUUAUGUCUCAUUAACAAAGCUGAAUCAGAGCUAUAAGUCAGUUUCCGCAAAAUAUGAGAGGAUGGUUCCAAAAGCAAUGUCCGGAGCAAGUGAUAAUGACCCUGCUUCAGGGUUGCCUAUCGACUUAAGAGGUAAGAGGGCGUUUAUUGCUGGUAUAGCAGAUGAUAAUGGGUAUGGUUGGGCAAUAGCAAAGGCUCUUGCAGCUGCAGGUGCUGAAAUUCUUGUUGGUACAUGGGUGCCUGCACUGAACAUCUUCGAGACAAGUCUACGACGGGGAAAAUUUGACGAAUCGCGAGUGUUGCCAGAUGGUUCAUUGAUGGAAAUUGCUAAAGUUUACCCACUGGAUGCAGUGUAUGACAGUCCUGAAGAUGUUCCUGAGGAUGUGAAAGCAAACAAACGCUAUGCAGGAUCCUCAAAUUGGACAGUCAAGGAAGCUGCUGAAUGCGUAAAACAAGAUUUUGGUACUAUUGAUAUCCUUGUUCAUUCACUUGCAAAUGGUCCAGAGGUUAGCAAACCUCUGCUAGAGACAUCAAGAAAAGGGUACCUUGCAGCAGUUUCUGCCUCAGGUUAUUCAUUUGUUUCACUAUUGAGGCAUUUUCUUCCAAUAAUAAAUCCAGGUGGUGCCUCGAUCUCUCUGACAUACAUUGCUUCUGAAAGGAUUAUUCCUGGAUAUGGAGGUGGUAUGAGUUCGGCAAAAGCUGCUUUGGAGAGUGACACAAAAGUCCUGGCCUUUGAAGCUGGAAGGAAACAAAAAGUCAGAAUCAACACAAUAUCUGCAGGUCCACUGGGAAGUCGUGCCGCAAAAGCUAUCGGAUUCAUUGAUAUGAUGAUAAAUUACUCAUUAGAGAAUGCUCCAUUGCAAAAGGAGUUGUAUGCAGAGGAGGUAGGAAAUGCUGCUGCUUUUCUGGUGUCUCCUUUAGCUUCAGCGAUCACUGGUGCAACCAUAUAUGUCGACAACGGUCUCAACGCAAUGGGGGUUGGAGUUGAUAGUCCAGCUUUUGAAGGUCUUGACAUUCCAAAAGACAAUAAGAGCUAGAGUGGAGGCACUAUACAUUAUGAUUUGGGAGAAAAUUUUGAUAAUUGGAAUAAUUGUUUAGCUCUCCUUUUGUUGUCAUUUUUCUUGCUACCGUAGGUAGGCCAUAUCACUUGGAUGAGUGGAUAUGCUUUGCAUUUGUUGUGACCAUUAGUAUUUGAUGGUUACAUCGCAUGUUGUAACAAAUGGAAACUUCAUCUUCGCGGAUAAAAA